CUAGAUUCACACCAGCGCGGAAGGUUUGCUGCACCGCUAAACGCAGGAGAACAGCGACCCGUCCGGGAAUCUCACCGGCUGGCUUGGCUGUUUCAUUCCUACUUGGAUACCGACGCGUUGGUCAGGCUUCGCCGGCCAAACAAAGGGAUUCAUCUUUUUAAUUUCAGGUUUGGACGUCGCUCAGGCUGCGGGAUUGACGCAACGAUGGCUACCCAGUCUGACCUUAUGGAGCUUGAUAUGGCCAUGGAGCAGGAUCGUAAAGUCGCUGUGAGUCACUGGCAGCAGCAGUCCUACCUGGAUUCAGGUAUUCACUCUGGGGCCACCACCACAGCGCCGUCUCUGUCAGGCAAAGGCAACCCUGAGGAGGAGGAUCUGGACAACCAGGUGCUCUUUGAGUGGGAGCAGGGCUUCAACCAGCCCUUCACACCUGAGCCGGUGGCAGACCUGGAUGGGCAGUAUGCCAUGACCCGUGCACAGCGUGUCCGUGCUGCCAUGUUUCCUGAGACUCUUGAUGAGGGCAUGCAGAUUACUUCUACCCAGUUUGACUCUUCCCACCCCACCAAUGUGCAGCGGCUGGCCGAGCCUUCCCAAAUGCUCAAACAUGCCGUUGUCAAUCUCAUUAACUACCAGGAUGAUGCUGAACUGGCCACCAGAGCAAUCCCUGAGCUCACCAAACUUCUCAACGAUGAGGACCAGGUGGUGGUGAACAAAGCCGCAGUGAUGGUGCACCAGCUCUCCAAGAAAGAGGCCUCUCGCCACGCCAUCAUGCGCUCUCCCCAGAUGGUGUCGGCAAUCGUGAGGACCAUGCAGAACACCAAUGAUGUAGAGACUGCCCGUUGUACUGCCGGCACCUUACACAACCUGUCCCAUCACAGAGAGGGCCUCCUCGCUAUCUUUAAGUCAGGAGGAAUUCCUGCCCUCGUCAAGAUGCUCGGGUCCCCUGUUGAUAGUGUGCUGUUCUAUGCCAUCACCACCCUUCACAACCUCCUGCUUCAUCAGGAAGGUGCUAAAAUGGCUGUCCGUCUAGCUGGAGGACUUCAGAAGAUGGUGGCCCUGCUCAACAAAACGAAUGUCAAAUUCCUUGCCAUCACCACAGACUGCUUACAGAUCCUGGCAUACGGCAACCAGGAGAGCAAGUUGAUCAUCCUGGCCAGUGGAGGACCUCAAGCUCUGGUCAACAUCAUGAGAACAUACACCUAUGAGAAACUGCUCUGGACCACAAGUCGUGUGCUGAAGGUGUUGUCUGUCUGCUCCAGCAGCAAACCUGCCAUUGUUGAGGCUGGUGGUAUGCAAGCUCUUGGUCUUCACUUGACAGAUCCCAGUCAGCGUCUGGUUCAAAACUGCCUGUGGACUCUCAGAAACUUGUCAGAUGCUGCCACCAAGCAGGAAGGGAUGGAAGGACUUCUUGGCACUCUGGUUCAGCUUCUUGUUUCAGAUGACAUCAAUGUGGUCACAUGUGCCGCCGGCAUACUCUCCAACCUCACGUGUAACAACUACAAGAACAAGAUGAUGGUUUGCCAAGUGGGUGGAAUCGAGGCCCUGGUCCGUACUGUUCUAAGAGCUGGCGACAGAGAGGACAUCACCGAACCUGCUGUUUGUGCGCUACGCCAUCUAACAUCCAGACACCAAGAUGCUGAGAUGGCCCAGAAUGCAGUGCGUCUUCACUACGGCCUACCUGUAGUGGUCAAACUGCUGCACCCACCCUCACACUGGCCGUUAAUUAAGGCCACAGUCGGGCUGAUCCGUAAUCUAGCGCUAUGCCCAGCCAAUCACGCACCACUCCGAGAGCAGGGUGCGAUUCCCCGGUUGGUCCAAUUGCUGGUGAGGGCACACCAGGACACCCAAAGGCGCACUUCAAUGGGCGGCACACAGCAACAGUUUGUGGAGGGAGUUCGUAUGGAGGAGAUUGUGGAAGGCUGCACUGGAGCACUUCACAUCCUGGCCAGAGACGUACACAACCGAAUCGUCAUCAGGGGGCUCAACACUAUCCCCUUAUUCGUACAACUGCUGUAUUCUCCUAUUGAGAACAUCCAGCGGGUAGCAGCAGGAGUUUUGUGUGAGCUGGCUCAAGAUAAGGAGGCAGCAGAGGCCAUUGAGGCAGAAGGAGCCACGGCUCCUCUCACAGAGCUGCUGCACUCCAGGAACGAGGGAGUGGCCACAUACGCUGCAGCAGUUCUGUUCCGCAUGUCUGAGGAUAAGCCUCAGGACUACAAGAAACGUCUUUCUGUGGAACUUACCAGCUCUCUUUUCAGAACGGAGCCCAUGGCCUGGAACGAGACUGGUGACCUAGGCCUUGAUAUUGGUGCUCAGGGAGAGCCUCUUGGAUACAGACCAGAUGACCCCAGCUAUCGUUCUUUCCACUCUGGCUACGGUCAGGAUGGUCUGGGUAUGGAUGGCAUGCUGGAGCAUGAGAUGGGAGGCCACCAUCCUGGGGCAGAGUACCCCGUAGAAGGAUUGCCCGACUUGGGCCACGCUCAGGACCUGAUGGAUGGCCUGCCCCCUACAGACUCCAAUCAGCUGGCCUGGUUCGACACGGACCUCUAAACAUUCACAGUCUACAAGUAUUGAAGCUGUAUGUUGAAUGAAUCUGCAUUGUGAUUUGAAGAGUCGUGGAAGGUUUGCCAGAGGGUGGGCUAGUGUUUCAGAAAGUGCCUGACGCACAACACACACUUGUCGCAGACGAAAGGGAGAUAUCUAACGGGGAAAUGGUGGAUAUCAGUCUCCCUUUAAUGCUACGACCCUUUUUUUUUGUUUUUGCCCUGGAUGGAAAAAUGCAAGUACAGAGGGAUUGUGACGCGGAUGCUGAUGAGUGCACAUGAAAAGGAUCUUUUAAGAUGGAACUAUUUUAACCUUUUUUUUUCUUCUUUUUUUCCCCCUUUUCCUUAAAUCAGUCUUUUUUCAUGGUACUGACCCUAGCUUGGUUUUUAAACCUGAUCUUUUUUUUUUGUUUCUGCCAUUUUAAUUUGUAUUACAUAUUUUUUAUUUUCUUUUUUUUUUAUGUCUUCUAUAGUGUUAAGUUGUAGUGGACUUGCCUCAUUGGUUUCUGGAUCUUUAUCACGUGCUAGUGUACAACACUAAUCUCAGUUCCUAUGUAAUCUGACUGAAAAUGUAACAAUGUGUAGCUUUUUAUAUGAUCAGUUAAAAUGGUGGUUGUUGGGAGUACAAAAAAUUAUAUGCAUUCUUACAAAAUGCUUAAAGUUGAGUAAGGAGAAGCAGUUUUCAAUGUCACUAUUGUUCCAAAAAGGGUGUGGAUGCAGCAGGGGUGGGUGGGGGGUAGAUGGGGUUUAUGAGGUAUACACAGAGACAGAAAUCUUUUCUAUGUUAUCUGGAGGUAGUCUCUCUAUUGAAGCAACGUCAUUGUUUGUUAGCCUGUGCGGCUUCUUUUGGGAACAUGGAUAAUGACAUGGCUAAUCAAUAAAAGACUUUUAUUCCA